AUAGCUCAGAAAAAGUAAAAGAUGAAGGAAAUGAACAGUGCUGGGGGUACCAAGGGCUCCACCUCCGUCUCCGCCGGCGCAACCGUCGACAAAUCGAUGAAGGAGGAAGACGUCGAUUCCAGCCCCUUUCACGAAGGGGAAAAGGUCCUUGGUUUUCAUGGCCCCUGCCUUUACGAUGCCAAGAUUCAAAAGGUUGAAUUUCGUAAGGAUGAAUGGAGGUACUUUGUUCAUUAUCAUGGAUGGAACAAACACUGGGACGAAUGGCUCGGUGUUGACAGCCUUUUGAAACGUACUGAAGAGAAUGUUCAGAAGCAAAAGGAGCUAAAAGAAAUGCACUCAAGGCCUGGACGUCUAUCACAAGAUAAAACUAAAACUCCGGCCGGGGUUAGAGGCAGGAAGCGGAAGAAUGAAACCGUUGACAAAGAGGUUGCUCCACCUGUCGAGAAGGUGAAUAUCCAAAUUCCAUCUACCUUGAAGAGACAACUGGUCGAUGACCAUGAAUGCAUAAUACAUCUCGGCAAGCUUGUGAAGCUUCCUUGUUCUCCUAAUGUUCAUGAGAUAUUGAGCAAGUUUCUCGACUUCCAGAUGAAUAAAGAUGGCAUAAUAGUUGACCCGGUUGUAGAGGUCGUCGACGGGCUUCGCUCGUACUUCGACAAAGCAUUACCCGUAAUGCUUCUCUACAAACAGGAGCGCCGACAGUAUCGAGAAGCGAUCACCGAUAAUCUCUCCCCGUCCAGUGUCUACGGAGCUGAACAUUUAUUAAGACUCUUCGUGAAAUUGCCGGAGUUACUGUCGUGUAUGCACAUCGAAAAGGAAGCUUUAACCGAGCUGCAGCAACGAUUGCAUGAUAUUCUCAGGUUCCUCCAGAACAACCAAUGUGCGUUUUUCCUUUCGAAUUACGAGAAGCCGCCGUCAUCGUCGUCGUCGUCGGACGGGUCUCCGACCACGGUCAAGCAAGAAGAUGAUAAAUAAGUCGGAAAUUGGAAUAGAGAAUGGUAUUAUUAUGUAAGUAGUAGAAGUAUCGUUUUGCAUAUGAUAUGUGAUUGUGGUUACAUAUGUCUUGUUUGAAUUUGGAUUCUCAUCAUCGAAAACUCUACUUAUGAAUUAGCUCCUUGUAUA